AUGGGGAUGCCGGGGGGAGGUGGCCCGGCAGCAGCCGGCGGUAGGCGGGAGAAGGCAGAGCACUGGCGCGCGUACGCCGUCCGCGCUCUCGGCGCAGGCCGGCCGCCGGAUCUGUCGGUGCCCCCUGUGCUGCGCGGAAAGCCUGGGCUGGGUGCCGUCCCCGCAGUGGCCCCAAGGCCACUGCGGGCUCUGGCAGUGACCGAACGGGUCGCUGGCCACUGGGGUUGUCAUUCCGGUGAGUUGCCCGGUGUCCACCGGCCGUCUUGGGUGGAUUAUGCGGGGCUUUGUCUUCUGUCGUCCCUUCCUCACCGUUGUUCUCUCAACCUUUCCGAAAGGGACCCUUUUGCCAUCCACCGGCAGCACAUGAACCGCAUGCUUUCUGGAAGUUUCGGGUUCGGCCCGCUCCUUGGCAUCACUGAUGGGACCACACCUGGGGCUCGCCAGGCUGGCCGUAGGAUGCAGGCAGGAGCUGUUUCACCCUUUGGGAUGCUUGGCAUGGCAGGUGGCUUUAUAGAUAUGUUUGGGAUGAUGAACGACAUGAUUGGAAACAUGGAGCAUAUGACGAGUGGUGCUAACUGCCAGACGUUUACCUCCUCAACUGUCAUCUCCUAUUCCAACCUGGGUGAUGGGCCCAAAGUCUAUCAGGAGACCUCAGAGAUGCGUUCAGCACCUGGCGGGAUCCGUGAGACUAGACGGACCGUGAGGGACUCGGACAGUGGCUUGGAACAAAUGUCGAUUGGACACCACAUCAGGGAGCGGGCCCACAUCAUGCAGCGGUCCCGGAACCAUCGCACGGGUGACCAGGAGGAGAGGCAGGACUACAUCAACAUGGAUGAAAGUGAUGCAGCCGCAUUUGAUGAUGAGUGGAGGCGAGAGACGUCCCGCUUCCGACCGCAGCGGGGGCUGGAUUACCGACGUCACGAGGGCGGCAGCGGCCGUCGGGCUGAAGGGACUCGUCUUGCGAUCCAGGGCCCUGAGGAUUCCCCCUCCAGACAGUCCCGUCGCUAUGACUGGUGAACCCAGAGCAGACCUUGUGGGGGGUGCAGCGUGGCCACCCCCAGAUCUACCUACACGCUCUUGUACAGACAGUGAAACUCUGAAGCCCCUUCAAAGCACCACUUGGACCCUCCUCAAAUUUAGUAUUAACCUCCCUCCCACUUAAGAAUCGAAACAAAGCAACUAAUCUUCUGCAUUGCUCUUUCUUUGCCCCAUUCGGGUGCUGCAGUGGGGCGUGGGGAAUCUCACUGAUGUGCAAGGAACGCAUUAAAUGCCCAUUCCCUUUCUGCUCUCCCUUGGUUCUGUUCUUCCCGCCAGUAGUGGUGGGCGUGAGGAGCUGCCACCUUGCCUCUUCCAUCCUUUCCGCUCUUUCUGUGCUGGGUUGGGCUGGUUCUGAAGUUUGUGUUUAGUCCCCUGUGAAAGAAAAUAUGAGGGAAUUCUGCUAGAACCCCGUGUCGGUCCCCUCACGGGGACAGAGGCUUCGGUUCCCCUCCUGCUCCUUGGUGCAGCUGUGGAGAAGCAGAAAGAUGUGUGCGUUAGAGAAGGGAGGAGCAGAACAAAAAGCUGGAUCAGCCUGUGGGCCCCCCCCAAACCCCUCUUCGAUCAGCUCCCCCACUUUUUUAAUUUGUGGAACUUGUAACUAGAUGUUUACUGAAUAAAGAAACAAACUGUAAAGAA